CGCAGACUGAAGAAGCGUAGAAAAUCGUGAUGUAUUGCUUUAACGAUGGUACUAUUAUUUCAUCGGAAAUGCUCUCAUUACAGGAUCAUUAUGGAACUUUUUUAAAUUUUUGGUCCUCAACCUCUGACUCAAAAGAUACAUUCAUUACCUUCAGAAUAUUGUGUCAUUGAAGGGACCCAUGGUUUUCAAGUAAUGUAAUACAACCCUUCAGACGUACAACGAACGGUUGGUUCAGAACAAGGUACCUCCAUGACUUUUCGGAUUAUCUUGAAUUGUAGUUUGCAUCAAUCGUGGAUAGACUGACUUAUAGAGUUAGAUUUAAAGCAAUCCAAAGAUUAAUAACUCUGAAGCUUUACCUGCCGGGUUUAGCAUCUAAUAUACCUUAGAUAUUAUGACACCAAAAAGAAGCUUCUUUGGUUUGCUCUUCGAGCUUAAGGUUGGUUGAAGGUUAGAGUAUAGAUAUAUCCACAGAUGGAGAUUUUGUAACAACAAAUAUAGACGAUACAGGAUAGGUCAGUCCUGGUGCAACAUUUGGUUAUACAACUCCUGAACCAUGCCAGAUGAAAAAUAUGAUAUAGCCUAUAAUUAGUUUUUAAAAAAACUUGGAUUACAUCACCGGGUUUAAGGUACACUAUAAAAACAGUCAGUUCUGUCUCAAAUGUCGUAAUUUUCACUUCGGAAAUCAAAAGUAUAAUUUAUAAGAGACUUCAUAUUUGACGGGAAGAAGCUUGGUAAACUUGGACUACGCUUUUGUCAUUUCUUUAAUUGAUUUGCACAGCCUCCAAGAACCUUUGAUGAUGUAAAUAGUCAGAUUCAUAUGUACCGUACCUUUCUAAUCACAAAAUCCGAAGUGUGGAGUACAAUAUUUAAGUCAAAUGCGUCUCCUUUAAUUCGACAGUGAACACUUCACAGAUGUUUAAUAGGAUUCUACUCGUUUCAACUGCCUUAACUAGUGCUGUAGUCAACGCAACAACAUAUGCAACAUUUUACUCAGACUCUGAUUGUACUGAGAAUGCAUCGGUUGACUUCUCCGUAAACGAUGCAGGUUGUUUUAGUGUUGGUAGUAAUGAAUAUGUUAAAUACCAUGGCGCUAACGCCCAAUGUUUCUCAUUAGUUAAAUCACCAUCACCAAGCUGUCCAUGCCAAUUUGAUUGUAUUACUGGUUUCAACAGUAUUGGGAGCACAAUUGAUACGUGUGGAUUUACUAUCAUCCCUGAUAAUAAAUGCUACCAUAUUGGGCAAUCAGAAUCACUUCGCUUUAUUGGCGGCUCUUGUGGUACCAGUAACUGUCCAGAUCGCUCCAGUAGAUCUAUCCCUGCUCUUAAAGAUUACUCAGAGGAUAUUGAGGAAGUUGUCGAAGAUGAAGAAGAGCCGACCUCAGAAGAAGCAGAAGAAGGGCUAACAAACGAAUCAGCAGCUGAAUUAGUAAAUACGUACGGUAACGCUACAUCACCUUCCCUCGACCGGAGAGACUAUGGUAAACCGGGUGCUGGAUACUUCCGUUUCUGCAAGGAUGAAUACUGUACCCUUGACUGUUCAAUUAACUUUAGAACAACGAACACAGGUUGUAUUGCUGGUGAUGGAUUCAAAUCGAUUCAGUUUUUCGACAGUGUUUUGUCAGAAACUAAUCUCCGUUUAGUACAUACACCACAUGGUGAAUGUAGUUGCCAAGAUGAUUGUUGGCAUGUUGUCGGUAAUGAGUGUAUGGUAUUACCAAAGGCACAACAAGGUGCAGGAUCUUAUCGCAUGACGACAGAGCAUAGUUGUGCUUCAAACAAUUGUUAAGUAAACAAUUAGUUACGAACUUCGGAAUGAAUAUACUAGUAUUUUUUCGUAUUUGUUGCGUGAAGUGAUGUUAUACAAUGAGAAAUUAGAUCAAAAGCAAUAUUGAUGAAGGGUUUAUAUUGUAUAUCAAGUAUGCUUAAACAUUUUAAUUGAAGAUUUGCACUGAAACAUUUAUGCAAAGUUACAAUAAAUCAACCGGAAAAUAGGAGCUCUCUUUUUGACAAAUGCGAUAUGUUAAGGUAUUGCAACUGGUAGGAGUUGACGUAAUUUUAUGCCAUUCCUUGAAUUGGUGCACAAUAUGUGUCCAUUUUAUUCUCAAGUGAAACUCAAGCUUAUGUUAUGUCGUGUUAUUUAUUUAAUGCCGCGCCAUUUUAUAUACAAAAGAUCUAUAUCGUAAUCCAUCUACCCAUCCAUUCAGUAUUGAUUUGUUUGGCUUCAUCGACCAAUCCCAUGUGCAACAACAACUGCACAGAUCCCCGCACUGCUGACUCGAGAGCACUGAAUACCCACGCAUGGGUUAUGCUCGUAUGUUCACCAACGAAGAUAAUAUUGUCGUGUGUCUUAUGAUAUGAUGGAAUGAACAUUUUGUGUUGAUCUUGAGUUGGAGAGGCCCAGCUUCCCGCAUAGUUCUCGUCCUUUAUCCAGCAUCGAUACGCUGAGUUGCCAGAGUAUUGCUCAUAGACUUGAUCCCCGUGCAAGUAAGCUAGUGAUUCAAUCGCUUGCUCCACGAGCUUAUCAUUUGACCAAGAUGCCAACCUGUAGCCCGUAUCCCCUGAGCUAUAUGAGGAGAGCACGACUGCUGGUCCAUCGGAGCUACAAUAGUGUCAUUUCAGAGGAAGAAAGGCAGCUGCUAUUACCCACCCUAUGUGAUAUGGAGGAUAGCAGACAUUUCUUAUUCCGUAAUAGCGAUCAGUAUUAUCGCAACCUCCCCCAAUCGGCUUUUCACCGUGUUCCCAGAAUCGAGUCUUGAAUUGCAGGGCUGUCUUGCACGCAGAACCUUGUAUCAAAAAAUUGAGAAACAAAUUGGAGGUCAACAAGGAGCUUACCGUAGUUUAAAUUGUCAAUAGCAUUUUUUAUUACGGAGUCUUCG